CCGGCCCGGCCCGGCACAGCGCAGGGCCGGGCGCGGGCCCGGCCGCCGUCUCACUGUGGCUGUGCUUCUUGCAGAACGCGAGGGAAGUACGGGGAGGGCGCCCAGCAGGAGACGUUCAAGUACGCGCUGUCCUUGGUCUUCAUCCAGUGCGUGAUCAACGCCGUCUUCGCCCGGCUGCUGAUCCAGUUCUUUGACACUGUCAGAGUGGAUCGGACUCGGAACUGGCUGUAUGCAGCUUGCUCCCUCUCCUAUCUGGGCGCUAUGGUUUCCAGCAACUCAGCUCUGCAAUUCGUCAAUUAUCCAACUCAGGUCUUAGGCAAGUCCUGCAAACCCAUCCCAGUCAUGCUUCUAGGCGUGACUGUGCUGAGGAAGAAGUACCCACUAGCCAAAUAUCUCUGCGUCCUGCUGAUAGUCACAGGUGUGGCCCUGUUCAUGUACAAACCUAAAAAAGGAAGUGCGAGUGCUGAUGACCACAUCUUUGGCUAUGGAGAACUUCUCCUGCUGCUGUCACUGACGUUGGAUGGACUGACUGGGGUGUCACAGGACCAUAUGAGAGCUCAUUACCAGACUGGUUCCAACCACAUGAUGCUAAAUGUUAAUCUGUGGUCCACACUGUUCCUUGGUGCUGGGAUCUUGUUCACGGGAGAGCUUUGGGAGUUCCUGAGUUUUGCAGAACGUUAUCCCAGCAUCCUCUACAACAUCCUGCUGUUUGGCCUGACAAGUGCGCUGGGUCAGAGUUUCAUCUUCAUGACUGUAGUAUACUUUGGACCUUUGACUUGUUCCAUCAUUACCACAACCCGCAAAUUCUUCACCAUUUUAGCCUCUGUCAUUCUGUUUGCCAACCCAAUCAGUACAAUGCAGUGGGUAGGGACUAUCCUAGUAUUUUUGGGUCUUGGACUCGAUGCCAAAUUUGGGAAAGGAACAAAGAAGACAUCACAUUAGGAAGACCUGUGAGCUCUACAGUUGGAAGGAACUUUUAAUUUAUUGUCUUGUACCUCAGCAUCUGCUAUGAAACUGGACUCAGUCCGGGUGCUUGAAAUGGGAUUUCUUUUUUUAAUUAUGAACUGUUUUACAGUGUAACAUUUUAGUUUUAACAAUAAUCAAGAGUUUAACUUUUUUUUCUGUAAUCAAAGCUGCAUCAAUGGAUCCCUGCAGCAGGGAGAAAUUCUUGCCUUAAAGGGAGAAACAUUUUACCUUUAAUAAAGGAAAAGGAAACAAGUUGCUGCUUCUGACCUU